UGCGAUGUGAGAGACACAGAGCAAGAAUGGUGAGGACAGAGGGUCUAUUUUACUGAGCCACUCACAUGAGCGCUGGAAUCUAUAUAUCUACCUUCUGUCUGCCCUUCUCGUCUCAGAAAAAGACGCCGGUGACUAUUUGUCACCUGCUGCACAAGAGUUAAGAGGGGGAGACAUAAAGAACUGCAACCAUGAGUGAAGGAUCUUCGAAACCAAAGCCAAAAAUCUCGGCAUCCCGCAGACUGUUCUUGAAGACCAAACUGCUGAAGAAGGCCAUGACUAUGGUGGAAAAUGAAACUCAAGCCAGAAAAGAUGAACGAGAGAGAACCCUCGCCGAGAGAGUCCCCGAACUCCAACUGUCACGCAUGUCUAUGCAGGAUCUACAGAAUAUGUGCAAAGAGCUGCACCAGAAAAUGGAUGUGGUUGAUGAAGAGCGGUAUGACAUCGAUUCUAAAGUGACGAAGAAUAGUAGGGAGAUACAGGAGCUGUCUCAGAAGGUCUUUGAGUUGAAGGGUAAGAUGAAGAGACCGGCUCUGAAGAGGGUGAGGGUGUCUGCUGACGCCAUGUUGGGAGCUCUGCUGGGCUCUAAGGUCAAAGAGUCCGUGGACUUCAAGGCCAACCUGAAGACGGUGAAGAAAGAGGAGGAGAAGAAAGAGGAAGUGACUGACUGGCGUCAGAACGUGGAAUCCAUGUCCGGUAUGGAGGGCAGGAAGAAGCUGUUUGAUGCUGCGCAGUAGAUUUUGUGGUGAAUUUCUUUGUGAAGAUAUUUUGCCGCUCCACAAACGAACCCAUGAAACAUGCCACUGUUGUUUACUAUAUAAUGACAGAGAAUCACGUAAAGACCAAGUUGACAAGUUCAUGUUUCAAGUGUUUGUGGUAGUGACAAUGGUUAAAGAGUUUAACUUUACCAUAAUUCAUUCAGUACAUAUAGUUUUUAACAUAAUGUAUGAUGUAUUAUCAAAAACAUAUGUAUAUUAGAGCACUAUAUUGCCUUUGUAGUUUUAGCAUUCACAUGAAUUCAUGAACACAGCUCCACUUUUGGCUGUUCAGGUCACCUGUGGUAAUGUUACUGGCUUGCUUUCUAAUGUCUGCUUGACAUAAACAUUAAUAAACAGACAAGACUUGGAGAAAAUGCAGAUUUGUCUACAAUUAUAAAUUGUAUGUCUUUUGAAUCAUGGACUUAGAUGACAAUAUAGAACAUGAAGAAGAACAUUUCUGGGUAUACUUGUGUUUCUGAGAAGAAGAAAAAAAGCCUGUUGGAUUGAAUAGAUACACAUUCCAGGGGCAACUUAUGUUGGAGUUCAACUGUUCAUUGAGUUAAAUUAGGUGAGGAACCUUGAAAAUGAAUGUGGCAUUUAACUUAGACAUUAAGAUGAGAAGA